CAUUCGCCAUAUUUCGUGGAGGAAUGCGCUGGAAUAGAGCGGCACUGAGCCGGUUCACAGUCAUUUGAAACACCCUGUGCUCUGUUUAACCCCACAAAUAAACAAAACAGCCAUUGUGUGACAAACAUCAUGAAUGUCUUUAGACUGACCGGAGAUCUGUCUCAUUUAGCUGCCAUCAUCAUCUUGCUGCUCAAGAUAUGGAAGAGCAGAUCCUGCGCAGGGAUCUCUGGGAAGAGCCAGAUACUCUUCGCCUUGGUUUUCACCACACGAUACCUGGAUCUCCUAACUUCCUUCAUCUCUCUUUAUAACUCAUCCAUGAAGGUUAUCUACGUUGGAUGUGCCUAUGCCACCGUAUACCUGAUCUAUGUCAAAUUCAGAGCAACCUAUGAUGGAAACCAUGACACUUUUAGAUUGGAGUUCCUAGUGGUUCCAGUGGGAGGCCUUUCCUUUCUGGUCAACCAUGACUUCUCUCCAUUGGAGAUCCUGUGGACCUUUUCCAUCUAUCUUGAGUCAGUGGCCAUCCUGCCUCAACUCUUUAUGAUUAGUAAGACCGGCGAGGCUGAGACCAUCACUACCCACUAUCUGUUCUGUCUGGGGGUCUACCGCGCCCUUUACCUCUUCAACUGGAUCUGGAGGUUCUACUUUGAGGGUUUCUUUGACAUGAUCGCCAUCGUGGCUGGGGUCGUCCAGACUAUUCUCUAUUGUGACUUCUUCUACCUUUACGUCACAAAAGUGUUGAAAGGAAAGAAGCUGAGUCUACCAGCUUAAGUGCCAAAGAACUGUGUCUCUAUCAGACUUAUAGAGGGCACAGGCCAAUCAUGCCACUGCAAGAUGCCCAAGACAGAACGCAUAACGCCAGCUCAAUCACUGAUUUCCUCUCCACCUGGACAGCAUCAACCAUCCCCUUACAGAAACGAGGACGUUUUUGCAGACUGUUCUUCUGUCUUUAGCAUCUUGCAAUUUUAGUUUUUUUCUUUAUUGCUAUAAAAAAAAAGAAAAAGAAGAAAAAACGUUUCUAUAUCCAAGGUGUAUUGGAAAGAUUGAAUGGUGCAUUACACACAUUAUCUCCAGUUAUUAAAUAAAUCGAUGUAAAUUUGUCCAAGAUUAGAAA